AUGCAGCAACGUUGUGCUUCAUCUGCCAAGAACUUGUGCCGCAAAAUCCUGCAGCCCCGAACCUCCAUCGAGGCAACUACUCGACCCCCCUGUGAUAUCUUUAUUAACCAUCGUGGGAUCGAUACAAAGAGAACCAUUGCAGGGUUGCUUCAUGACCAUAUUUUCAGGCUGGGGCUAAGGCCUUUCCUGGAUAGCAGGAACAUGAAGCCUGGCGACAGGCUAUUCGAGAAAAUCAAUCCGGCUAUCCGGAACUGUAAACUUGGUGUCGCAAUCUUUUCGCCCAAUUAUUGCGACUCCUACUUUUGCCUCCAUGAGCUUGCUCUCCUAAUGGAGAGCAAGAAAAGAGUUAUACCGAUAUUUUGUGAUGUGAAACCGUCUCAGCUUCAAGUUAAGGAUUAUGGAACACGUUCAGCCAGGCAGCUGCAAAGGUUCAGCUUGGCUCUUGAGGAGGCAAAGUACACCGUCGGACUUACAUUUGACACUUUAACAGGGGACUGGUCGGAAUUCUUGAAUACUGCAACCGAUGCUGUCAUUAAGAACUUGGUGGAGGUGGAAGCCGAGAAUUCCAGCAAGAAAAGUACAUAUAUUGUGCAGGAUCGUGAACAAGAAUGAAGAUUUUUUGUUAAAUUGUACCUUUAACCGCAAGGUUUUUUCAUUUUUUUCUUCGUCAAUUCAAUCAUUUUUUGGUAUAGGAGGAAACCAGGUUGACUUCCUAAACACUUGGUAGGGAGAUCUCCAAAUAAGUUGUAAAAUUUUGUAAAAUUCUUCCUCUUUCUUCUUUUUCGUUGAUCUCCCAUCCUUAACAAUAACUGCACAAAUAGAUGCAAUUCAAAACCUGUUGUAAUAUAGAUUA